AGCCGAGGUCUAAUGUCCCAUCCAUCAGCGCGUCUACUUGAAAUGUCCUCAGUCUUGACUUUGGUCUCGUUGGCAGCAGACCGGAAUGGUAGCAAAAUGCCUUCAGGAGUCAUUUUUAUCAUCUGUAUACCUUCAAGUAACUAUGAGCACAUACUGAAGUUCGGGAAACCGAAAGAUAUGAUACCUUACGAAGACACAUGUUCUUCGAAGCAGUGUAGAUUGCAAGUAGAGUUGAGAAACAAGAAAUCAAGGAGUAUCCCCGUGCAUUUGACUCAGGAAUAUUAUAAUGAAGGAUUCAAUCCUACUUUGGAGAAUAUCAGUGAAGAUGAUGAGCGGAUUACUAUGGAAAACAUCUUAGAAGAACUCCUGCGCAAGUUGAGCGUAGAGCACGCGGUAUGGGUGAGCGACAAGAGCGGCAACUACAUGGAGGUCAUGUUCCCGCUACCCACCGGAGACCCCUGCGAGACCAUGCUGCACUGCCUCACUAAGCUGGGGAUCGGACGCCGGUGGAGGUCUAUUGUCAGUGUUCUACCGUGCAACGUGGUACAUUCAGCUCUUGACAAUGAAGCCGACGAGGAGACAAUAUUUGACUAUUCCGUGCACAGACGCAAGACUGAGGAUGCGAAGCGUUGGCGCAGCUUUGUCGAGUCAAUCAGAUCUAAAUUGACUGUGAAACAAGUUGUCGAUGGUGUAAGAGGGGGAGGGGAACUUACCUUCGAUUACCUCACCCUAAUCAUCACAGCCGAUUCCCUAGCAGCUCUUGGUUUGGUGGAAAACAACGCAUCUAACAUCGUCGCUGCAAUGUUAGUGUCCCCCCUUAUGGGCCCCGUGAUGUCCAUCACAUUUGGCACCAUAAUCUCUGAUCGAACUCUCAUACGGAACGGGUUUGAGAGUCUUGUAGUUGGCAUGCUGUUUUCACUACUCUUUGGCUUCAUAUUUGGACUGAUAUUGGGAAGUACUGCAAUGCCCUGGGGCUAUGGAGAUUUUCCUACUGAAGAAAUGAAAUCACGUGGAAACGUCCGGUCUCUCUGGAUGGGUGUCCUCUGGGCCCUCACUUCAGGAACGGGAGUGGCAUUGGCCUUGCUCCAAGGCAGUGCCGGCCCUCUCAUCGGUAUUGCCAUAUCUGCAUCCUUGUUACCGCCUGUGGUUAACUGUGGUUUAUUUUGGGCUCUGGCCUGCAUUUGGCUGCUGCAUCCUGGCGUAAAGAUACCACAUAUCAAGGGCGAACCGUACGUCGGUAACUCUUCGUACGAGCCGCUGUAUCAUGACUAUCUGCCUAUCGAAUAUGCUAUCAAUGGUAUCGUGAGCUGCUGCCUGACAAUAGUGAACGUUAUCUGUAUAUUCAUAACGGCCAUCAUGUUCUUGAAGAUCAAAGAGGUGGCUGCCCCGUAUACUUCUACUCCUGACCUGAGGAGGUUCUGGGAGCAGGAUAUACGAGUGGCCAGGGAAGCGAACCGCGCGAGUUUGCGGCGCGCUGAGGACGAUGAACGAACUGAGCUAAUGCUGGAUGACCUGAACCAAGUUACGGAGACCGAAAUACGAGAAAAAUUAGAGGCAGCCGUAGCAGAAGCUUUGGACGAUGAGACAUACAGGAAGGUCAAGCGAAUGAGCUAUCAGAGCCAUAACGCUAAUGAGGUAAUAAGGACCAUCGGACUACAGUCUCGAACACCAGUCUCUAUACGCUCAAGCCAGAGAGCGUCGGGAUCAUCCACACCACACAAACCUCACCAUAAAGAUUCAAACACCGAUGAUAUUGCCGCCUUGGACAAACUCCUCACUUCACUACUCGGUUUCAAGGAAUAUAGAAGAAGCAAAUCCUUCAGCUCCCAUCGAAACACUCCAAGAUCGAGCCAAAUGCCCGUCAUAGAUGAGUUAAAGAGAAAUAGAAGAUCAGAAUCAUGGCCCGAUAGAAUCUUCGAGAACACAGUUGUAAGAAGUGUUCUGACCAGUCUUAAGACUAGUAAGCGGAACUCUGCUGCUGAAGAGCCGUUCUUAACACCAAAUUAGAGAAGUUUUAAAAUAGCGUAGUGGCUAUUUGAAGUGGUCACAAAAAUAUAUUAUAACCACAUUGUGAAUUAAAGAAGCAAAACUAAGUUAAUGAAUCACCUUUUAAGCCCGAAUCCGUUGAAUUGAAGUAACAUAAAGUAAUUGAUAAGUAGGUAAUUAUUACUAAAAAAACUACUGAAUAAUAUACGUAAACCAUUUUAUUUAGCGAGCUCGUAAAAAUAAGAGUAAGUGACUUGGGCGAUUGUUUCCAGUCAUAUUAUUAUCAAAACGAUCACAAUCAUGAAUAUAUAAACAUAACAAUAAUUUACAAUAGAUGUGUCUAUAAAAUUCAAACAUUUGCACUUGAACCUAACAACAAACAACAUUACUUUUUUUUCAAAUUCAAUACAUAAUUCGUAGUUUAACAAUGCGAUAGUUACUUAGGUAUAUUGUACCUCUAGAAAUAUGAAUAAUAAAUUAAGACAAACAUGAAUUAUAAAUUUGAUAGUAGGUAUUUGAAACCUUACAUUUUUUUAUAUAUUAAUGAGAACAAUUUCACGAUAAGUACGGAAUCAUUACGUAUCUAUCACAGCUUGCUUGUUUAUUGACUAAUAUUUAGUUACAUUUAAAUAAUAUUGUAUACAAAAUAUACUUAUAAGUACAUAUCAAAUAAAUAAGGUAACUUAUGUGA